AUGGCCGACCUCUCACAGCACACAAACUACAACGCAAAGUACUCCGGCCUCCUCGACAACCUCUGGCUCACCCUCGCCAUCGCAGGCGUCUGUCUCAUCGGUCACGAGCUCGAGGUCCGCGUCCCACGACAAAGGGGCACAGACGGACCCAGGCGCCUGCUCGUAGUCAGGAUAUACCAAGCGCUCAGGGGCUGGAAGAGACGCACAUCCAGUAGAUCGCACCACCCUCAACAGGGAGACGGGCGGACGAGCAGUGAGGGGCUCGUCGAGGACAAGGCGAACAGGCCCAGCGAUCGGCCAAAGUCACGCGAGGACUGGGAGUUUGGAUAUAUAUACCAGCCAAAAGUUUGGGCAGUCAAUGCCUCGCAAUCUCUCCCCAAAUGGCCUUUGGCGUGGAUCGUAGCCAGCCUCAAGUUCAAGGAGACCGACAUGCCUGCCAAAUGCGGUCUAGAUCUCACGCUUCAUGCGAGAUUCCUGCGUGCCUCCUUCUUCUAUACCCUUUUCCAUGCCCUCAUCAUUAUGCCCAUUCUCAUGCCCCUCCACAUAUUCUAUUCUCCCAUCGACGUCGCCAAAACCUCCAUGCUUCGCGCAUCCAUCUCAUCACUCGUCAAAUCGUCAGGAUCCAAGUGGCUCUGGGUACACGCCCUCUUGAUCUGGUGGGUAUCCAUCACCUGGAUAUGUGUGGUGCUGUGGAUUACUUGGGGCGCUCUGGCCUACAGAAGACGAGAGAUCAGAGCGUUGGGGGUAAAGCUGGAAGAGGAGAAGGCAGCGGCCAGGCUAAAGUCUCGCGGGGAGGAAGGCCAGGAUGAUAUCCAUCCCUACGCGGAUCGCCCCGGGCUCAAGCGAUUCCGAACCAUUAUGGUCACGAACAUCCCGCCCGACAUGCGAGACGAGAAAGUCUUGAAAGAGUACUUUGACUACUAUAUCCAGCGCCACCAUGCUCGAAAGGCUGAUCCACAGAAACGAGUUCCGAUUGGUACAAUAAUCAAGCAAGUCAUACCGAUUGGGCAAAACCCUUCCUACUCCGUGGAUGUGGAGCCCUCAGAGGGGAGUGAUGUCGAAGAAAUCGUUCUGGUCCGGAAACUGAGUAGACUGCAAAACCUCCGCAACCGGAGAGAGAACGUUUUGAGACAACUGGAGAUUGCGCACACGAAGCUGGCACAGCGUGUUCUUCAAGAGGUCACAAAGUAUCACCGACAUCCUCGAAAGUUACAUCAAAUACAAGAUCCCGUCAAACUCGCGCGCAUGUCUAUUCUCGUUGAAGCGCUCAAACCCUAUGUCAACGCAAAGACCACUGAAUUAGACGACACCAUAUGGGACAUUCUGCACUCGGUCCCUCGAGAAUGCCUAGACCCAUUUCAAGAACUGACUCACUCGCCCAUAAUUGCGCCAUUUUACAAAAAUAAUGCUCCCAAAAUUGACUACCUUACCCUCAAGCUUAAUUACAUUACCGACCUGAUCGACGAAGCCCAAUCAACGCCAGUAGAAGAUUAUCCUGCUGCCUCAACAGCGUUCGCCACGUUCAAAGACGCCAAGACAGCGCGCUUGGCGCUCAAGAUUCUUGAUAGUCACCCGAAGAGAACUUUGUCUUGUCGAACGACGGCGGCGCCAGAAUGGACAGACUUGCUAUGGCCACGGCUAUAUAAAAGCGCGUAUAGAUCAGAAUUCGUGCGAGGCUGGGUGGUAAAUCUUGGGGUGUGGGCGUUCACGUUGGUUUGGAUCUUUCCUGUUUCUAUCUUGUGUGCAUUGGCAUCUUUAACCAACAUCGCCGGAUUUGUGAAACCUCUCCAGAAGUUCCUGGAUGAACACCCGAAAGCAGCGUCAGCCAUCACCUCCUUGGCUCCCGUCAUCUUCGUAGCUCUCUUGACUCUUGCUAUUUGUCCGCUCUUGUUGGUCAUCGCGAAUAAGGCCGAGACGACGGUGACCAGACUGGGAAUACACAACAGCGUUCUGGAGCGUUUUUGGAAAUUUUUGAUGGUCAAUGGAGUUGUGUUCUUUGCUAUCGGCCAAUCUACCAUCGAGGCAUACCUCACCGCAUUCCAGGCAAAGUCUUUUGAUCCAUUGCCGAUCAUAUCCUCUGCUUUCCCCACUGCUGCGCCAUAUUUCUCAUCCUACAUUUUGUUGCAAGUGGCCAUCCAGCCAUUUUUCGAGAUCUUCCGUCUUGGUCUUCCCACAAUUGUCUAUGUAUUUGGUACUCGGCACCCUACGUUCAGCCACUUUUCACAGCUGCCUCAACAUGUUCUCGGGGGCGCUAUCAUGCAUCUGUUCAUGCUUUUGAACCCGCUCGUAAUUGCUUUCACGCUUGUGUACUACGGAGCAUUGUACAUUGUCUGGAAGCGUCAAUUCGUGUUCGUUUAUGGGCGCCUUUACGAGACCAACGGUCGACGGUCAAGCAUCCGUAUCCAGCGAUAUAGCACCGACGCCCUCGCGCUGGCCCAAUUUGUCCUGUUUGCCUUCUUCGUCCUAAACAAAGCCAAGGGACACGCCGCAGCUACAGGUAUACUUUUUGCCUUGACUCUGUCAAUCAAAGUAGUCAUUACCCGGGCGCUCAAGAGACGAUUUGACAGAUUGGACCACGAAGAAGCCGAUCUGCUAUGUCCUCCUGCAAAUAACUUGAUCAGCGGGAACGAACAGGGUGGCUCUGACCCUUAUGACCGUUCUGACGACGAAGAGACCUUCGAGGAGCGAGGAAAACAAGAAGGAGACUCCAAAUCUACAUUUCAAACGGUCAGAAGAAACUUUCGUUAUUGGACAGGGGGUUGGAUUGGUAAACACCAAUUGCCUUCUGAGCGCAAGCCUAUACCGUUUGACCGCACGUUCUUCACCGCCCUCGACUCAAAAGUUCACUUGAAAGAGCGUACAGAUUCCAACACAGCGCUUGAUGAUCUCUCGCCAAAACUGACUCCUCUGCACGAAACGCAUGGACUGGCGCUGGUGUCUCGCCACCCCCCUCUACCUCCCUGGGAGGACAUUCCUCCGUAUCACCGGUCCAGAGGAUAUGAUGACCAGCCUGCCUAUACCGAUCCCUAUGAGGAGUUUCUACUCCUUCAGAGAGAUCCCAGGUCGGCUAUUGAUCUGGACGAUUGCGUUCAAGUGCGCCUCUCUUUGACGACCUCAUCAGGCGGAUCAGGGCAAAUCAGCGACUGGUCUGUCGACUUACCGAAAUACGACGAGUCAGAGGAGGAGAACACUGUGUCUCCUGCGGCCUCGAGACCUGCGCCUUACAGAUCAAAAACAGAGCCCCUUUUAUCACAUGUCGACAGCCCCGGUCUCUCGCCUGAGAAAGAGCAACAUGUAUGGUAUGACGGAAUCCCCGGGCGCGCGAUCCGUCGCCAUACUGAUGCCCCUUCGCCGCCACGUCUGUCCCAACUGUUCAGGGACCCGCAAACGAUAUCCGAGUCACCCGGGGGAGAUAUCAUGAUGCGCACAUUUGCUUGCUCCUCUGCGAUUCCGCAAACAGAUAGCCCUGCGACUUUGGGUAAUGACUCUGAGAGGGCUGCGAUUCAUUCAGGGUCUGCAACGUCUUUGCCUGAGCCGAUAUUGGGGAAUGACAAUGCGCCAUCUACGCCACAGAAAGAGCGUCACAUUAAUUACCGCGAGUCUACCUCGGACCAUGUGGAGACGCUCCAUACUCCGAGUCGCUCUCCAAGUCGGGUCGCUAGAUCGACAACAUUGCUUACACCUCGAGUGGCCCGGUCCGCGAGCUACAUCUCAGGUCGACAUCGGACUGUUAGUGCCUCGUCAGCGCAGCAACAGGCUCUGCUGGAUGAAGUUAUGGAGGAAGAAAUUAGGGAAAGCAGAGGCAUCAACAAAGUAGAGGAUCAGGAAGACGCGAAGGAGAUGGAAGAAGUCUCGAAAGAACUGCAUCGAUUGAAUCGAAAAGACACUUCUUCUCAAAAAGAUCUCAGAAGAAGAAGAUCCCGGGCCGCUACUGCCGUGUCCUUGGUCAGUUCGCGUUCUGGAAAGCGCUCGGGUACAACACAUCAUUGA